GCAGAAAUUGUUCUGUAUAAUUAUAGGCUAUAUAGAGUCUAUAUACAGAAUUAUAGCUCUGGCAUGUAGAUCUAUUGUUUUUUCUGCUUCAAUGCUGUGAUCUGAAUGAAUAUACUGUAGCCUCUGGAUUAUUAUCAGUAAGUGCAGACAGCACUGUUUACUGUAGAUGGUUUAGAUAUUGUCAAGCUAGCUAUAUAGCAUUUUAUCAGUAUGUCUCUAUCCAUCCCACACUCUACAGAGACUCAGAAGAUGUCUGACUAUCUCACAAUAGCAAGUCUAAAGAAAUUGUACCACGUCACGUUUGAUGCUCGAAUUAAGUGGCGAAACAUUUUGCUUAUUCUUGACGUACCCUUGGCUACAAUCGACAGUAUUGGCAAUAAAUGGAGCAACAAUCCUGAUGACUGCUAUCGUGAGGGUUUGAUAGAAUGGCUGAAUGAAGGAGGGAAGAGCUGGGAAAAUAUGGUGGAGGCUUUGUCUAGUCCCACCGUGGGCCACGUUUACAUAGCCAAUGCCAUCGAGAAAGAUCAUCUACAGUCUACUGAUGCAAGCAAUCCUACUGAUGGGAAGUCUGAUGAUCACCAGAAGAUCAACGAUGAUUUGACCGUUUUCUCAGACGAGCGUCUCGGUAAAGGUGCAUUUGGAGCAGUCUUCAAAGGCAGCUACAAGGGCGAGAUUUGUGCAGUCAAAGUGCUGCUUCACGAUGCUAUGGAGAUGCAGGCAAGUAUUCCAGUCGGCAAAAACGAAGAAGCUAGCGAUGCAAUUAAUCGUGAGAGUGAUUUUCUCAAGUCGUUCCAGCACCCAAAUGUUGUUCAGUUUCUGUCGACUGCCAAGCACCCCAAAUCAGGUACUACAAUCCUCAUUCUUGAGCUGAUGGAAUGCAAUCUGAGAUCCUAUUUCUCCGGCCUUGGUGAAGAGUCCCUCACUAGCGAAUGUGAAAUUAGCCUAUCCAAAGACAUAGCUUGUGGUCUGGUCUACAUUCACGGCAAGCAGAUUGUCCACCGUGACCUCUGUGGCGAUAACAUCUUGCUGAAGCUAACACGACCAGUGCCUGUUGCAAAGAUUUCCGACUUCGGCAUGUCACGGCUAUAUGAUUCCUCAAAGCUUAGCCACACCCUCACGGCCAUUGGUCACCGUAUGGGGUAUCUACCUCGCGAGGCUCUUCGAUUAGAAGAGGAGAAUUAUGAUAAUAGCCUGGAUGUAUUUUCCUAUGGGGUGAUUGUGACGCAGAUUGUUUGCAAGCUGGAGACAAUCAAAUCAGCCAAGGAUCGAUCAUUCCAUGUUGCCCAGAUCCCUCACACACACAGGUUGAGGAAGCUUAUCGACAGUUGUUUGCAAGAAGACAUGAUCAGGAGACCAUCUGCCAUGGACAUAUACUCGGAUCUAGUGGAGGCAACAAAGAGGGAGUCAAAGGACACUCAACCAGUCAAGAAGGAACACAGAGAACAGAUUGAGCACAACGAUGCUGAGCUGGUCAGGACAGACGCCAUCAUUCAACAGCAGAGACAGACUGGUAGGCGUGGCCUCUUAAGCUAA